GAUGCUGCCCUACUACCAUCUUAAUCUUGAGGACUGGUCUUUCUUCUCCUCCUCCGAUAUCAAGCAUUUUCUUUGUUCCCUUCACAGUUGUAUCUAUGAUAUCACAUUUAUUUACUUGUUUAUUGUUUUGAUCAAAAAAUGACCCCUACAGAUGGCUGGCCGGUCAUCGGAUUCAGAUGGAGACGGGAUGUUGGGGUUGGAGGACUUUAGAAAGCUGAUGAAGAAUGGUGGAAAGGAUGAGAGGAAGGAAGAGCUGAGAGAGGCCUUUAAGAUGUAUGAGAUAGAGGGGACUGGGUGUAUUACACCCAAGAGCUUGAAGAGGAUGCUGAGUCGACUCAGGAAGUCAUCCCCUAUGGAGGAUUGUAAGCCCAUCAUCAGUAUGUUUGAUAUCAAUGGUGAUGGUGUCCUUAACUUUGAGGAAUUCACCAUCAUGAUACACUGAUCCAUCAAUCACCAUAAUUUGCACAUAUAUAUGCGUACUCUACUUUUGAUUCUUCUAAAUACAUUCAUUUAUUUGUAA